UGAAGGAAUUAGGAGUGCGGUCGGCUUACACUUUCAGAGUCCUGUGUAUACUCUGACUUGUCAGCAGUAGUUUAUCAUGGGCACCGAUGUGUGGGUUGGAACCUGGAGACCCCACAGACCACGGGGUCCCAUUGCAGCUCUCUACAGCAGCCCAGGACCCAAGUAUUCACUACCAGGAAAUACAGGUUUUGUCAAUCAUGAUUCCAGUCGACAUCGUGCUCCGGCUUAUAGUAUGGGGAAUCGCAGUUUUAAGUUUGUUGAUGACUGUUCACCAGGACCAGGAUAUCUGGUGCCAUAUAAUAUCACUGUAAAGGGAAAGGAUGGAACCCCUGCUUAUUCCAUCUAUGGCAGACCAAAAGACAUCUCCUCCUUUAGGACCCCAGGACCAGGUAGUUAUUCUCCAGAGCGUGCUGGGAGAUCUGCAUACCACUCAGCUCCAGUAUACUCACUUGGUGAAAGAACAAAGACAUUCAGCAAUGACCAAACACCAGGUCCAGCAGCAUAUGUGCUCCCCUCUGUAAUUGGGCCAAGGAUAGUGAACCGAUCUUCUGCCCCAAACUACUCUAUGACAGGACGGAGCAAAAUCGGUAGCUUUCAUGAAGACCUGCAGAAAACACCUGGUCCUGGGACAUAUCGUGUUGUAGAUCCUGCUACAUAUAAACACAGACUUCCUCAAUACAGCAUGACUGCCCGAAAUGUAUUGCCUGGUGAUACUACAAGAAAACCUGGCCCAGGAGCCUACAGCCCAGAAAAGGUGUUCAUGUCAAGGCCUCAGGCUCCUAACUUCUCUUUUGGUAUUCGGCACUCAGAUUACGUUGCUCCCCUGAUCGUGGAUGUAGCAGACUAAUUGAUACAAUAAAAAGCAGUAUCUGGGCUCUGAACAUCUGGUUUUCAGUAUGCAGGGAAGGGACAGGGAUGAGUUAUGUUUAUUUCAAAAUGCUUCAGCACACCCCAGUUAGAUUACAGGUGUCUUUCCAUUACAUUUUAGAUGGAGGGUACAGUAUUCCUAAUUCUACCUACCUGUUUUUUCUAGUUAUGCAGUUGUAGAGCUUUAAGGGGAAUUAUUAAUACCAGAUUUGAUGCAGUGACAUAACAUUUAUAGGCAUCCUCUCUGAGAAACUGGAUAUGAUAAGAUUGCUUCUCUCAUCUCAAAAUAUAACUCUGCUGGCGUGUUUACCCAAUAUAUACCUGGAAGGAGCAAGUAGCUUUUCUCUGUAGCUCUGAAAAGAAAUUCUGCCAAAAUUCCAGGAACGAAUUCAAUUUUACCCCAUCCCUAUUGCAAACAAACUGCAAUGUGUCAUUGCCAAAUAUUAAUGACAUACUUCAAAGCAGAAAGAUCAUUCUAAGUUCACAUAUCUGAAUUGUGUAUUUCAUAUUUUUUUUCUCAACAAUUUUACUCAUUGCUCUACAAAGAACAUGAUAUAUGUUAAAUUCAUACAUAUAUAACUCACACCCAUUUUGGAUACUCACUAUUCAGAUACCUAUAUAAAUAUUAUGUAUAUUAAAUAUAGAGGUGAUUGAAUAUAAGGAUACUAUACAUUACUGCAAAAGGUUAUGAGUCACAGACAUUUGUGAAGUACAGGUAUGGGACGGUUUAUUCAGAAUGUUUGCGACCUGGGGUUUUCUGGAUCUUUCUGUAAUUUGGAUCUUCAUACCUUAAAUCUACUAAAAAAUAAUGUUAACGUUAGGUAAACCCAGUUUGGACCUAGUACAACGUACUGUUUUAUUAUAACAGACAAAAAAGGAAAUCAUUUGAAAAAAUUGGGAUUAUUUUAUAAACUGGAGUUUAUGGGAGACAGCCUUUCUGUAAUUCAGAGCUUUCUGGAUAAUGUAUACCAUACCUGUACUAGAAUAACAACUGCAUAUUAAAUGUCACAAAAAUUACUGACCAUGCUGUACUAAGGACCACAGUUUUCUGCUGGAUACCAGAUAUAAUGUGUUUCUAAUACCUGCACAGUUAGUAAGACUGCACAGUUAGUAAAACUCAUUGAUAUUCCCA